AUGUCGCUGUCCACCUCCUCCUCCUCUAGCGUAUCCAACCUUUCAGUCAUUGACGAAAAGAUGGAAAUGUCCUCGCCGUCCACAGACCUUCUUGUCAGAGAUUUCGGUUGGCCGUCAGUUUCUCCUCGCUACCACGGCGACCACACUCAAGAAAGCAACCCGGACUGGGACCACGACCCGCUUGAAUGCGAAAAGGCAAAGGCAGAGGCCUUUGAGAAGAUGGAGAGGAGCUACGCCCUCUACAUGGCCAAUCUUGGAAAGCGGCCGCCGGUGCAGAAGAAGAAGGCUGUUUGGGCUCGAUUCCUGCCCUGGGUGCGUUAA